CCGGGGGGAACCGGGUAAUAUUCAUGGAAGCCAACAAUUCUUUGAAUUGCAAUUUGCAACCCCCAAUUCCGGUAAUUGAGCGACUUCAAACUCCUUUUGAAUCACAAUUGAAUUGGAAAUUGAAGUUGAAGUGAAUUUUCAAUGAAGGAAAACAACGGAAUGGUGGAAUGCUUUGUAAUGGUACACAACAUUGCUAAGCGCCAUAACGUCGGUACAAUGGUGCGAAGUGCCUCCGCCUUUGGCGUAACGGAGUUCAUAUUGGUUGGCCGUCGUGACUUUAAUUCCUUCGGCAACCAUGGCUCCAUUUCUCACAUCCGCUUUCGUCACUUUCACUCUCUUAUUGACGCUCGCAAGUAUCUCAAGGAAAAAGAUUGUGAUAUUUGUGGUGUAGAGAUAACCAGUAACGCUAUGCCAGUCAAUCAACAUCCUUUUAGUAGGAGUACUGCGUUCUUACUUGGCAAUGAGGGAACAGGUCUCUCCGCCAAAGAAUGUGAGAUAUGUGAUUUCUUUGUCUACAUUCCACAGUAUGGAAGUGGGACUGCUUCAUUGAAUGUUACUAUAGCAGCUUCUAUUGUCCUUCAUCACUUUGGAGUCUGGGCAGGUUUUCCCGAAAGAGGCCGUGAUGGGAACAAAUUUGUGGUGGCUGAAAGGCCUACGAGACAAUCAAGGCGUGGUCUUUGUACUGAUUCAGAUAAUGCUGUUAUAGAGGAAAGGCGUUUAAGGAAGGAAAACGCUGCUAAUAGUUUUUUUGAUGAACGUGGUGAUUGGGAUUCAUGUGCCAAUCUUCUGGAUCCUUCAAUUGAAUAGUUGGAAGAUGAUAAAGUGGAUUUUAAGCAGUGUCGAGUACCAGCCCCAAAGAGCCUGAACAUGAAUGUGAUGUGGUUGACCCUCAUAGCAACCGGUGAACACCCGAAGUCAUUGGUGGCAGCUUGCGGGAUAUUGAAUACCUGUUUCUACGAUUUUGGUGCUAGAGCUAUAUUGGAAAGUUGAUACCACAUGGUACCAAUUCACAGACUGUAAUGUAAUCUUGUUAUAUUGAAGUGGAAGCUGUUUGGCUAAAUUCUUGUAAUGACAUCUCUAUCUUUGUGUUCUAAUUUUAUUCAUUUGGUAAA